ACACACACACACACACACACACACACACAGAGCUCCUUAGCCCCAACUUAAGUUGAUCAUUCACUCAAGUGUUUGAUAUUUACUGCCAGCAUUUAAAGCAACACUUUUAAAUGAUGCAAAGCAGAUCAACGCUGUAAAAACGGGUUUCUGGGGGGAAAAAGGUUCGAGACACGACGCCCAGCCACAAACCUGCAGAUCCAGUUUUUCACUGCUGCCUCUAUACGCCGAGCAGAAAACACUCCACAUAGUGGUCGAGUCAUCAGACUUUAAUGAUUUGCCUUUCACACACACACACACACGCAGGUCAGAUGUAGAGUGUUCUCUGUGAGCGGGUCACACCGGAAUGGGACAGAGAGAUGGCACACUACAUGCAGUCACCGACAGCGUCACAGAGCGACGUGAAUCUAGGAGCAUCGGCAAAUCCUCAUGCCAAACCCACUGACUUUGACUUUCUGGCCGUGAUCGGAAAGGGAACGUUUGGCAAAGUGCUUCUGGCUAAACUCAAAGCAGAUGGGAAAUUUUAUGCCGUGAAGGUUCUGCAGAAAAAAGUCAUAUUAAAGAAAAAAGAGCAAAAGAAUAUAAUGGCUGAGAGGAACGUUCUGCUGAAGAGCCUGAAGCACCCCUUCCUCGUCGGCCUUCAUUACUCAUUUCAGACCUCAGAGAAGCUUUAUUUCGUCCUCGACUACGUUAACGGAGGAGAGUUAUUCUUCCACCUUCAGAGAGAGCGAUGUUUCUCAGAACCGCGUGCACGUUUCUACAUCGCAGAGGUGGCGAGCGCCAUCGGCUACCUGCAUUCCCUCAACAUCGUUUACAGGGAUUUGAAACCAGAAAACAUCCUGUUAGAUGCACAGGGCCAUGUGGUGCUGACUGAUUUUGGCUUGUGUAAAGAAGGACUGGAACCAGAAGCCACCACGACCACGUUUUGUGGAACACCAGAGUAUCUCGCUCCAGAGGUGCUUCGGAAGGAGCCUUACGACCGCACGGUGGACUGGUGGUGCCUUGGUGCCGUGCUGUACGAGAUGCUCUUUAGCCUCCCCCCGUUCUACCGCCGUGAUGUAGCAGAGAUGUACGAUGCCAUCUUGCACAAGCCCCUGCAGAUACCUCCUGGGAAAUCCGACGCGGUGUGUCACCUGCUGCAUGGACUUCUUCAGAAAGACCAGCAUUGCCGGUUAGGGGCCAUCGCUGACUUUCUGGAGAUUAAAAAUCACAUUUUCUUCAACCAUAUAAACUGGGAUGAUCUUUACCACAAGCGGCUCACUCCACCAUACAACCCUAAUGUGAGAGGCCCGGCUGACCUCCAGAACAUCGAUCCAGAAUUCACCAGAGAGAUGGUGCCCAACUCUGUGGGCCGAACUCCGGAGCUGAGCGCCAGCCUGGCCACCAGCAGCUCCAACGCCUUCAGCGGCUUCUCCUACGUAUCCAGUGAGAACAGCUUCCUCUGACUCAACCAGACUAGAGUUUUGAUCUCUUCAUCAGUUCUGCUGAGUGGCUGUAAAAAUCCCCCAGCAUCUGAACAGAGCGACUCUUCCUUCUACUAUCAGAUGUACCAAAUGACCUGGAAGACUUUUUUUUUUUUUUCUUCUCUCUGCACUGACUGCAGUCUCUCCACUGCUUUGGUUGAACCUCAGAGCACAAAUUUAAAACACCAGCACUGAACACCCAAAUGCUUUGGAUGUCUUGAAUUCUAGCAUUAAGAAGUCGAGUAGGUGAGAACGUACACAAUAUAACUACCUUUUCUUUAUCAUGUAAGUGUUUUAGAUGCGUCAUAAUAUUUCAACUUGAAGAUGAAGCACUGUGAAAAGCUCAAACGCUAUUAAAGAAACAGCUUUGCUGCAAAACGUGAGCCGAACGGUAUAAAAUGUAGGUUCCUGUUUUUAUUCCUUCUCAACUGUGAACUUCACAGUCAGUUUUCUGAUGCCGCCCUCCAUUUAGGUUCUUUACUGGAUAAUUUAAUAAAAUAUAAUUCUAAAAGAGGACAUUAUGUAUAAACAAAGCGUCCACAUUUAAAUACUGUAAUCGGGGGAAAAAUAUAAGACGGCUUUUUAACUAUAUAGCUGUUGUUGAAGUUUUAUAUUUAAGAGUAUAUGAUUGGUAAUGAUAAUUACAUGUUGUGAGUGAAGCCUAUAUUUUAAAGAACAUGGUAUUGAUAUGAACAAAAUAAAAACGUGUUGUUGGUUAA